AUGGCCAGCUCUGGAGAUGAUGGAAGCGAUGUUUCGGAUUCGGAAGUUCCUGUAACACCAAAGAAGAAAUCGAAGUUUCAACAGAACUAUAAGAAGCGUACUCAACGGUUUCGAAGCGAAUGGGAAUCCACAUUUAAAUGGGUGAAAGCUGACCAAAAAUCAAAAACCAAAGCUUACUGCAAGGAGUGCAAUACAACCCUAGCCUCAGAGCUAUAUAUUUUGAAAUAUCAUGAUGCAUGUAAAAGACAUAAAGCUAAUCCAGAGGCCAAGAGAAGCAACACAACAGUUCUAACCAAUUUCACUCCGACUAUUAGAAACAAUAAUGUGGCAGUUGCAGAAAUCAAAAUAGCAGGAUUUUUUGCAGAACACAAUUUAUCAUUUUCAGUAGUAGACCAUCUUAUUCCCCUUUUGAAGGAAAUUGCUCCUGAUUCUGCUGUCAUAAAUGAUAUGCAAAUUGGAAGGACAAAGCUGACAGCUCUAGUCAAAAAUGUUGUUGGUUUACAUUAA